CGGUCUGCCAACAUUAAAUACACCAAACGAAGAAGAAGGAGAAGCGGAAAUCAGAUAAUGUACAUAUGCGCUUGACUCCACGUGUGAGAGCAAACUAGUCACAUUGGGAGGUUCACAACACCAACAUGAAGCGACCAAAGUUAAAGAAAGCAAGUAAGCGGGUAUCAUGUGCCAAACGGUACAAAAUACAGAAAAAGGUCCGGGAACACAACAGGAAACUGCGGAAGGAGGCGAAGAAGAAAGGAGUGAGCAGGCGCGUGAAGAAGGACCCUGGGGUGCCCAGCAGUGCGCCUUUCAAAGAGGAGGUUCUCAGAGAGGCUGAGCAGAGGAGGUUACAGAUUGAAGAGGAGAAAGAGAAAAAGAAACAAGCCAUAAAAGAGGAGCGAGCGCAGAAGAGGAAGAAGGAAAAGGAGGCAGCAAGUAAAGAAGCAGAACCUAAUGCCAAGAAGGCUCGGCAGGAUAAGGAUAGCAAGCAGUCAGCGAAACGGAUUGCCUUAGACAAGAGCUCAAAACCGUUCCUUUGCUCUGAAUUGAACAAGGUAAUUGAUGCAUCUGAUGUGAUAGUGGAAGUCCUGGAUGCUCGUGAUCCGCUGGGCUACAGGUGCCCGCAGCUGGAGCAGGCUGUGCUCCAGAGAGAGGGCAACAAGAAACUGCUUCUUGUUUUAAAUAAAAUAGAUCUGGUGCCUAAGGAAAACGUGGAGAGGUGGCAACGAUGUCUACAACAGGAGUUUCCAGUUGUGUUAUUCAAGGCAGCCACACUCAUCCGAGAAAAAACAGUGCAAGAGAAGAAGAGCAGGAUAGUCCCCUCAAAUGAAAUCCUGGACAAAUCCAGAGGAGCAGUCUGCUCCGGCAGCAGCUGUCUCAGCGAGCUUCUUGCAACAUAUGUAGCUAAUGCACAGAGUGAAGACUCACUGAAAGUGGGCAUAGUUGGCUUUCCUAACGUGGGGAAGAGCAGUCUCAUUAACAGUAUGAAGGGGUUCCAGGCAUGCAAUGCCGGAGUCAAGAGGGGCAUCACCAAGUCAAUGCAGGACGUGCACAUCCUCAAGAAUGUGAAACUGCUGGACAGCCCAGGGAUUGUGGCAGCACCAUCCAACCCAGUAGUCUCCAUGGCGCUGAGGAGCCUGCAAGUGGAGGAGGGGCAGGAGAGCAUGCUGGAGGCUGUCCGGACUCUGCUCAAACAGUGCGACAAGACCCAGAUAAUGCUCCAGUACAAUGUCCCAGACUUCAGAAACUCUUUGGAGUUUUUGACCCUGUUUGCCAAAAAACGUGGCUAUCUACAAAAGGGUGGAGUGCCUAACACAGAGCUAGCGGCCACAACGUUCCUUGCUGAUUGGACGGGUGCCAAGCUGAGCUACCACUGCAAGGUGCCAGAGAAGUACAACCCCCCCUCCUACCUGUCUAAAGACAAUAUUACAGAGAUGCAGAAUGGCUGGGACCUAAAGAAACUGGCAACUGGCAAUGUGGAAACUCUGAAAGGUGUAAAGUUUCCCAACCCGGCAAGCAGCAUAAGCUUUAUCUCUAAAGGUCCCACUGCAGGCCUGCUAAGUGUGAGUGAAAUCCCUGAAGAGAAACCUGGCAUUUCACCCACACAGCCAGAGGCAGAGAAGAAGAGUGAGGAGCCUGAGUGUACUGUCGAAGAGUCAGAGAAGGUAGAAAAAACAGUGGAAGCACAGAGCACAUCAGUAAUACGUAAAAAAAACAGGCCAAGUGCGGUUCCAGUCUGUCCCAGUUGACAUCAGCCUCUGUACAGCCAAGACGGAUGAUGCCUAUGACUUCAACACAGAUUUUAAAUAAUGCUGAGCCCCUGAACUCCUGCCUCACACCGUACUACCCCCAUCCACAUGUCUCGUAGACAUGCAGACCUGGACUUAAAGAUUGAUGAGCAUGCUGGUACAGAGUAACUGUACUGUGCCUUUGACUUAUUUUUGUUUAAAAGUCAGUACACUCUCUUUCUUUACUGUUAUAAGCCUGCAGAAAAUGUUAAGUCAAAUGUAACCAGUGACUUUUCCCUGAAAUGCUGUAGGUGAAAGUGAUCCCUGUCCAUUGGUUUUCUGUAAUCAUACUUUCAUCCAGAUAACUGUACAUAGCCUACAUAUCUGUAAUAAAUAAAUCGUUUGCCAUGCUUCA